UAUAAAUAGUAUGGUCAAGAGCUAUUUAGAAUAUCAGUUCUGGAUUCAAAGUCUUUGGAUUAAGUCGCAGAAAUUUUAAACAAUCUUUAACAAAAUGAAAUUCGCUAUUGUUGCUUUGGCCCUUUUGGGUGUUGUUGCCGCCGAUGUCUCCCACUUGAACAACAUGUACUUGCCUCCCGUACUUGCUGGUUUGGCACCCAAACAACAUGUUUCUUAUGCUCAAGAAGCCCAAGAAAUUCCCCAAGCCCCUGUCCAAGAAGUAGUUGAUAACUCUGUUGUCGAAGCUGCUCCCGCUCCUCAAGUACAUGCCGCUGUUGCCCAUCAUGUUCAAGCCGCUGCUGCUGUUGCCCACAAAGUUCACGCUCAUGUUCAACAAGCUGUUGCUGCUACUGUUGAAGCCGAUGCUCCUGCCGCUCCCGGCUCUGAAGUCUACCAAUCUACCCACCAACAAGCCGAAUACUACACCCAAUUGAGCCAACAACAAGAACAAGAACAACAACAAGUUCAAGAACCCGAACAACAAUACUACACCGGUUUGGUACAUCAUGAAGGACAAGAAGCUUUUGAACAACAUGAUGAAGUUGCUGCUCCCCAACAAGCUGCCGUUGAACAACACCAAUACCAUCAUGUUGAACAUCACGCUGAACCCCAACAAUCUGCUGUUCAUGUUGAACACCAUGUAGCUGUUUCUGCUCCUGUUGCCCAAGAAGUCCAAGCUGACUAUGCUGGCGAACAAUUCGCUUCCGUCUCUGUAGGUUCCUCUGCUUCCUCUUCCUCUGGAAUUGAUACCCAAUAUGCUGCCAAUGGUGGUUACGUUUAUUAGAUUUAGUCCCUAUAGAAUUUAAACAAAAAGUUAUAAAAUAAAUUAAUAAAAAUUAUAAAAAAAAAACUAUUAUAACACAAA